AUGGGAGACCGAACUCAAUUCGUGCCUUCGCAUGUAGGAAAUAAUGUUCUUCCCAAUUUGCCCUUCUUUCAUAAACUGCUGCGAUACGCUCAACGGAAGCCGUCACGCAUUGCCGUCCGAGAUGUGAUUGCAGGCGUCGAAAAGACUUUCCAUGAUCUCCUGUCGGAUGCUCUGGCUCUUCGAAGCGAGAUUGAGAAGAUGCUCAGUCAAGAGACUCUUCGUGAGUUAGCUGAAGACAAGGAGGUCUACAUUGGUCUGCUGGCCCCUGGUGGCUAUGAAUACACUGUUGGCUUCGUCGCUAUUAUUGCUCUCGGUGCCGCGGUCGUCCCAAUGGCCGCCGGAAUUCCAGUCGAGGAAGCCUCAUACUUUAUGCUCAAGGCUCAAUGUGUCGCAUUGGUCGCCAGCACAACUAGCGAAACCCUUGCUCACUCUGCUGCGCGCUUCAUGAGAGAACAGAAGAACUUCCACAUCCAGUGCAUAUCUCCUAUCGCGUCUUCCUUUCAUCCUACGCUCCUUCCAGCAGAUGAUGUUUUUAUCUCGUCAAAUCGAGCUCUCGACAUGAACGGCGCAAGCGGCGUGAUCUUUACCUCGGGCACAACUGGUCCACCCAAAGGCGCUGUGCAGCGCCGCACCUGGCUCACAGGUAAUGCUGAAACAGACGCGGACUUUUAUCGCAUCACAGAGAGCGACGUCGUCCUCCACAUAUUGCCAGUUCAUCACGCUUCGGGGGUUGGACUAACCUUCCUCCCCUUUCUCACGGCAGGCGCCUGCAUCGAAUUCCGCAGCGGGAGUUUUAAUACGGCUUGGACAUGGGAGCGUUGGCGAAAGGGUGGCCUCACAUUCUUCUCGGGUGUACCUACAAUCUAUAUGCGAAUGAUGCGAUACUAUGAAGAGAGUAUUGCAAGUCAAGCCCCCGAAAUUCGCGACCAGUACAUCGCCGGAGCUAGGAAUAUCCGCACCAUGCUAUGUGGAUCGUCGGCCCUGCCUGGCCCUGUGCAAGAAUUUUGGGAGAAUCUGAGACAAAAGCCAAUUCUAACUCGGUAUGGGGCGACUGAAUUUGGUGCUGUGAUCAAAACAGACCUCUCUCCGACGGGAACACCUCGGAACAGCGUAGGACGUGUGGUUGAGGCGGUUUCUCUCAAGCUGGAGGAUGAUGGCCAUCUCCUUGUGAAAACACCCUACAUGUUCUCCAAAUAUCUGCAUGAUGAAAAGGCGACGGCCGAAGCACACGACAAAGAUGGCUACUUCAAAUCGGGUGAUAUCGCUCGCCGGGAGGGACCAUAUUACUUCAUUCUCGGCCGUGCCUCCAUUGACAUAAUCAAAUCAGGAGGGUACAAAAUCUCCGCACUGGAUAUCGAACGAGAGAUUUUGGGUUUGGACUAUGUGUCCGAAGUAAUGGUGGUCGGCGUUGAGGAUGAAGAAUACGGUCAACGAGUUGCAGCCACCGUGAGCCUUAAGACGGACCAGAGCACGACCCACAAGAACCUCACUCUCGCAGAAUUAAGAGAUGACCUGCGAAGCAAACUGACCGGCUAUAAAAUUCCUACCAUUUUGCGGGUCAUCAAAGGUGAAUUGCCAAAGUCGGGGACUGGGAAAGUGCAGAAGAAGAUUCUUGGACCAAGAUUUUUCCCACCCAAUUAUCGUGAACUUCCUGAUGUUCAGAUAUGGAGUAAAGAGAAUAGAUCCAAGCUAUAA